CACGACCAGAAUGGAAAACCAAGAUACUACCCCGUUCUCACCCGAGGCCAACCAGGCUUCAUCAGAAACCGAAAGACACCCUGACACGUUCCCAUACGACAAUGACGAGGAAAUGAUUUUACUUCAAAUGGCAGAGGUCAACGACGCACCUCCUACGCCAGGCCUAAAAGCAGCGAUGGAGAAGAGUCAAUACCCCAACGACACGGUGGGCCAGCAACAGUCGAUGCCUCUCUUCAUGGAACGUCCAAAGAGCUCUGGUAUCGACGUGACGGCCUUUUGCUUUGCAAAACCUUCUGGAAGGAACUUUUCUGUCAAGUCUUCAAAGCCUUCCACCACGAAGCUUCCUGCUCGAGAACUCGUUCAAGGCAAACCAGGCCCAGCUGAAGGUCCCGCUAAGCAGAAUAAGGCGAGGAACGGGUUGCGCGUUUCAAAGCGUCGCCGUACGCAUUCUCGAAAGUCCACCGGCCGCAAGCCCUCGGCGCCUCGUCCUGUUGAUAACGAAAACCCGCAGUUGACAGAAGACGACCUCUUCCAAAUUCUGAUAAUGCGGGUCCGGCAACGUGAAGAGGAUAAUGUUGCUGCGGCAAAUUUGCGUAAGCAAUUAGAGGCUACUGCUUCACAGCUAGCGGAGGAGAACGAAGCUUUGAGGGCGGAGCUCGAGGCUUACGGCGCUCAGCUACAGAAGAAAACACUUGAGUCGAAGACGUACAAAGCGCAGAUGAACACCUGGAAGACAAAGCUUGGGAAGUUCAAGCACGUUCUUAACGUCUUGGGAACCGACUAUCAGAAUCUCCGAGGGGAGUCAAUCCAUCUCAAAGCAACCAGGAGUGCUUUGGACAAAGAGAGCAAGGAGAUAAGGGGCAGUAUUGACGGCAUCCGAGCGCAAAUCUCCAAAGUCACUACCAGCGUUGGCGAGAAAAAGAAUCAUAUCCUGGAGUCCGAAACCAUGAUCAAUACACUGAGGAACGAUCUGAAGCAUUCCAAUGAGAAGGCUAGGUCCGUCGAAAAUCAACUACACGAGGAAAGGAAAAGGGUUAUGACGCUCGAGUCAUAUAUCCAGUACCACUCUCUUGCUCAAGAGAAACAGCUUGGGCUUAUUAGGGCCGAUCACCUUGGAAUGAACAAAAAAAUGGAUUCGGCAUUUGAGGCAAUGGCAAAGCUAUGGGAAUCCUCCCAAACCUCCAUCCGGUCGAUCAUGAGUCCAACAAUGGAAAGGUGCUUGCUCGCUAUCAACUCUUUAAGCGAGAAAGAAUCACUGGAUAACGUGGAGAUCCAGAAAUUCGCGGAUGCCAUCAAUGGAUUCAUAUCACGAAUGGAUACGGUCGUACCCCAAUUGACCAAGGAUUUUGAGAAAAAUUCCGAAGCAAACGACUGUGUCAGAACGUUCUUCAAAGAACAGCUCCAGAGCAUCGAGAACCAAUUCGGCACCGAUUGCGACCUUCACAAGCAGUUUUCUGCAAUUAAGGAAGCAUGCGGAAGCCUCCACGAAAAGCUUGAAAUAAUGGGACCAGGCGUUUGCACUCUCAAUGCAACAAUCCAAGGGGUUGAAGAGAAAGAAAGCGGACUGGUGCGACAGAUCGAAGAGUUCGAACAAAGUUUGACCGAAGCUCGCGAUCUUGCGAGGCAACCUCCUCCAGUUCCGGAAAAGGAAAACUGUUCAGUGACGGCGGAAAUCAUGUCUCAACUGGAGAAAGUUUCCGAAGAACUGAGAGUAGCCCAGGAGACCCUUCAGAUCAAAGAUACGGAGAAUGAGCAUGUGAAGCAUUCGUUUCUGGAGACUACUGAAGCACUCCAGGAGGCAGAAACCAGAGUCGCAUCAUAUGAAGCCAAAGUUGGAACACUGCAACAACAGGCUCAAUCGGUCGAGAGCAAAAUUCGAGAAGAAUUGAGCAGGGCAAGCGUCAUAGCUCGGGACCAGAACAGAGCAAAAUUCGAACAACGGCUGCACGGAAUUUUGAAGGAGAAGGAAGCAGUCGAGAAAGACUUGGAAAAGACAAAAGAGCUUCUUGCCACAGCUCAGCAAGCGCAGCUUCAAACCGAUGCUUUGACGGAGCAGCACCAGAAGGAGUUGGAAUCUUUGCUUUUGGCUAAGGAGCAAGAAGUAGAGACUCUUCGAAAUAGCACCAAUGAGAGCGAUUCCAAAUCCACGGCACAAGAGACCGAGUUGACGAGACUUCGUGAGCUAGAGAGUUUCUAUACGAGCCAAAAAGAUUUGUUGCGACAGGAAAUCGAUGAAGCCAACCAAAAGAUAUCAACUCUUGAAGCUGAAACCGCCCUGAGCAAAGUCGAUCAGUUGGCCUUGCAAGAGCUCGAAAAGAAAUUCGAUGAACUCCAAUCUGAGCUCUCACGCAAAGAAGAAGAGCAUUUGUCUAUCCAGAAAGAUUUGAUGGCUGCCGAUACAGCGAAGUCGGCCCUCGAGUCCGGUAAAGCGAAGGCGAAAGGAGAAAUCCACGCGCUCCUUCUAAGGGUUCAGGACUCGGAGCGAUGGACGAAAGCUAUCAAAGAAAAGCUGGAAAAUUACGGCGUUUCAACAUCGACAGAAUCAUUUCCGGAGACUUGGAGUAAGCUGGAGACGUUGCUGCAAUCGGCUAUCGCCAGUGGUUUCCCGGAUCCUAGUUCGAAUGUCUCUUUGCAACAGGUCAGCUGCAUGCCUGCUGUUGCUUCGACACCUCAGAAGGGGGACGAAAGUCCAGACGAGAGGUUCGUUCAGACUACUGAAGUGAUAUAUCGGACCCAUAACAUUCCAAGGAGCGCGUAUUGCUCCCCAGCAGGCCGUGAUUCUUGUCAGUCUGGAGGAGGCAAUGGUACGAUUGAGACUGUGCCAGACUCGCAGAUGUCGACCAAUAUAGUUCCAUUUUCGAGCUUCCAGACGCAAUUGUCGCCUAUGCAUUGUUCGCUUAACCACGAUGACCACGAUGCAAAUGAGUUGGCAGAUAUUCUGACGCAAAUUCCUCAAAGAGAGCGCCCUGCAAAGGAAUGUCACGAUCCUGUCAACGAUCGAAGCGAACGAUCAUCUAGUUCAACCACAGAGAAAGGCGCAAAUUUAUUGUCCCCUUGGAAGCGCACGGGAACGAACAAUGGCAACCAGAAGACCUCAGAAGUUCGAACGCCAGUAACCGGUCCGAAGUUCAAGAACAGCGCUAAUGAUGCCCGGGGUAUCAAUAAUACUGGCGACAAACAGAAGGCUGUCACUUUCGAAGACCAGAAAAUUGCCAACACCGGAUCCAAACGUCGAACGCCAGAGUCUUCGCAUCGAGAGAUGCCGGAUAGAUCCACUGAAAAUUUCGAGAGACGACCAGUACGUCAGAACCGGCGCACGUAUAGCAGACACCGGCAGACGUCCCCGGCGCGAGAGCGAGGUGGACCAAAGGAUAUGCGUGCUGAUGGGGAGCUCCCGUACAACGGAAACAAGAGAGCGCGAGUGUCCACGGCGUCUAACUAUCCUAGAUCGCAAAUGCAGGCGCAAGGUGCCGCGGAACCCGUUGAACGCAGAUUAAGCCCUACAAGUCUGGCUUCUGGAAACAGCAGACAGAAUACUGCGAAUGAAGAUCCUGCCAAUAAACGGUGGGCGGGACGGAAUCAGAAGCGGCCUGGACGCAAGACGCGAGGUAAGCUAUUGCAUAUUUGUCGGAACUCGGAUGCUAACCUUUGCAGGUGAAAGAUACAGUGCCCGAUUCAGCGGAAACGGUGGCGCUCGCUAAGUAUGGAAAAUGUUCGACGAAUCUGAACUGAAGUGAAUCUAAAUCUGCAACAUCAAUUAUAUGGA